GUUGGACUGAGGCAAGGUGAAGUUAUGUCGCCGAUUUUGUUUUCUUUAUUUGUUGAAGAUCUUGAAUUGUACCUACAAGACAACAUUAAUUCUGGUUUGAGUAUAGAUGAUAUUACGAUGAUUUUACUAUUAUUUGCUGAUGACAUGGCCAUUUUAGGCAAGUCACCUGCUGAAGUCCAGUCACAUUUAGAUAGAUUGUAUUUAUACUGCAAUUCUUGGGGUUUAAAUGUAAACACUGCUAAAACAAAAAUUAUGGUGUUUCGGAAGAGAGGAGGUUUAAAACAAAAUGAAAAAUGGGCAUACAAUGGUAAUGAUAUUGAAGUUGUUGAUAACUUUAAUUAUUUAGGCACAGUACUAAAUUAUACUGGAAGUUUUAAAUCAAACCAAGAACAUUUGAUUGGUAAAGCCCUUAAAGCCAUGAAUACAUUGUUGAUAAAAUGUCAUGACUUCGAUAUUAAACCAAAAAUAUUAUGUCAGUUGUUUGACUCCUUUGUGGGUUCCAUAUUAAAUUAUUCCGCAGAAGUAUGGGGUUUUAACAAGUCAGAUGGCAUUGAACGCAUACAUUUAAAAUUUUGCAAACGAUUACUUCAAGUUAAAAUAAAUACAUGUAAUGUUGCUGUUUAUGGAGAAUUAGGUAGAUAUCCAUUGUAUGUAAACAGGUUUGUAAAAAUUAUAAAAUAUUGGUUUAAAAUUUUAACCAGUGAAAAUAUUAUUAUGCAAAUUGUUUACAAACAAGCUUUAAACGAUUGUAAUAAAGGUUUUACAAAUUGGGUCUCACAUGUAAAAAACAUGUUAAAUAAUUAUGGAUUUGGUUAUGUAUUUGAAAAUCCAAAUGUUGUGCAAAUAAAUAGUUUUAUUAGAGAAUUCAAAUGUAGACUUGUUGACAAUUUUAGACAAGAGUGGUAUGGUAAACUGAAUAGCAGUCCUGUAUUAGAUAUGUAUAAAGUUUUUAAAACCUCUUUUGAAUAUGAAGAAUAUUUGGACUUACUUCCUAGACGUCUGCGUUUAUUUUUUGUAAGAAUAAGAGUCUCUGCACACCCGUUGAGAAUUCAAACUGGCAGAUAUGCCCAACACAAUAUUCCACGCAAUGAAAACGCGUCAAGAUGUUUGGUACACUAA